AUGGCAGCAGCAGCCGUUCAAACAUCCACCGGACUAGGUCCGAGUCUAGCGCAGAAGCCAUCUGCCCCGGUUUCCGAUAAGCCUCAUCAUGUCCAAACGACUCUCAACUUCCUCAAAGAAAAUGAAGAUGGCUCGCCCCCUAGCCCAAGCUACGCCGGCAAGCCUGAGACAUUUGCGAAGCCCACUGUCCCAGUCGCGACUACCAUUCACGAUAUCAGCGGCCACGAGCUAGACUAUACCCUGGACAGCCACGGGUUCCAGUUAUACUACCACAAGAGCAAGGAAAUUGACUUUAUCGACGACGAGAAGAUCAAGAGAGAGUAUUACCCCGAGACAGAGCAGUUGUUGAAGGAUGCCACCGGCGCGUCCAAGAUUUUCAUCUUCGACCACACUAUCCGCCGUCCGGCUCAGGAUGGCUCACCUACUAACGGUCUCCGCGGCCCCGUGCAGCGCGUACAUAUUGAUCAAUCCUAUUCUGCGGCCAAGAGCCGAGUCCCUCACCAUCUCCCUGACGAGGCACCCGAACUGUUGAAAGGGAGAUACCAGAUCAUCAACGUUUGGCGACCUAUUAAGACGAUCCUGAAAGAUCCCCUAGCUGUCGCUGAUGCACAUACCGUCCCGGAUAGUGAUCUGAUUCCCAUCCCACUCAUCUAUCCUGGCCGUUCGGGCGAGACGUAUGGCGUGAAGCCGGAUCCGAAUAUCAAGUGGUAUUAUCGGUUUGGGCAGACUCCGGACCUGGUGACUUUGAUUAAAUGCUUUGAUUCGAAGACGGAUGGAAGGGCUCGUCGUGUGCCUCACACGGCAUUUGUGAAUCUCGAGACGGAGAAUGAGCCUGAUAGGGAGAGUAUUGAGAUUCGGGCAUUGGUGUUCCAUCCUGAUGAUCGGGACUAG